CUUCUCUCCUCCGUGCUUGAGAGUUGAGACUUGAGACCGACCCUUCUAUCAAUCUACACCUAAUAUCUUUUUUUUCUCCUUUUUCUCUUUUAAUUUUUUCUUGUUUCAAGUUGUUCUGCUAAACUAGGAGCCCUCACAAUCUUGUACAGCUCUCUCUUUCAGGUAAACUCAGCUCCUUUCAACCUCUGUGCCUGUCCUCUUUGUAGUUGGGAAGUUGGUGGGCUGUAGUUCUGAAACAACCCGUUUCUUCUUCAUCAAAUCUUUUGAUUAUUUCUGAAGUUUCGGAUUUCCAGAUGUGGUUUUGAUCAAGCUUAGGAUCCCACAAAAGUUUCAGGAAUUCCCAACAGAUCUGCAAAGUUGUCUGAUUUUUUCUUCUCCAUUUUUGAAGAAAAGUGAGUGUCUUUGAAAAAUUAUCUUCUGAGAUUUCAAGAAAUCUUCUUGUUCUCUCGAAUGGUCACGAGGGGUUUGUCUGAUCUGUUACUCAAGAUUAUGGGAAGUUAUGCUAAAGGACGAAAGUUUCGAAUUUUCCUAUAGAUCUGUGUCCGUAUAGUUUUCUUCUCAAAACUAUUUAACUGUUAUGUGUUAAUUUGUUCAUAUUUUCAAGAUCUUGAAGAGAUAAAAGAGUAUGAAUCACUACGCGAUUCAGCAGACUAGUUUUGCUGCCUGUGAAGAGAUGAGAGGCAGCGCCGUCGCCUGCAGAUCUGUGGAGAUGAAAGAAACGGUGGUUUGCCCCAAACCGCGGCGGCUCGGCCUGCUCCAUACCACCCUGAAUGACCCCUCGUAUGUCAGACCCUUGAGAUGGCAUGCCAGCAGCCAUCACCAAGAGGUCUUCGACGCCAAAGCUGGAAAUGAACUUCUGGACAUCAUCCUAUCAAAGGGUGGUUCCGGUACAGAUCAAUCAGUCACACAGUUAGCCUCGUCGCCCCCAUUUUUUUCCGGGUCUCCGCCGAGCAGAGUAUCUAACCCGCUAAUUCAAGACGCCCGAUUCGGGGACGAGAAAUGCACGCCUGUUUCUCCAAGGGCAAUCCCCAUCCCAUCGGGGCGGGCCUCGUCCCCUUCCUCCGCCCGCAAGGGCGGCUGCGUCAGGGCCAAUUUUGGUAACAAUCCGGCAGUCCGGGUCGAGGGGUUCGACUGCCUCGACCGCGACAGCCGCCGGUGCAGAAUCCCCGCCCUGGCUUAGAAACAGUACAUACAAGAAAGUUCAAUUCGACAUGGAAGAGAGAUUUUGAUCAAAUUGAGGUAUCAGUUCGUGUCCAGUGUACAUAUACGGUGUUCGAAAAGAAGUUGUCUGUAAUUAAAGGGAUCAGUUUCUAUUGUAAGUAUGAGUUGAUGAGAGUAAUUUGACCAAUUUGAGAAAUAAUUUUCAUGGUUGUUUAGGAUGUAGGAAGGGGCAGCCCCUUUUUGUAAUGGUGUAAGUAAGAGAUGAGAGGAGGGGUGCCCCUAGUAAUUUAAGUCCCCCUUUGGGGGUUAGUUUUGAGAUUUCAGUAGGCGGCUUUGAGAGGAGGAGGAGGGGAGGAGGAGAAUCUGUAUAAAAGAAAGCUCUCUCUCUCUCUCUAUAUAUAUAUAUAUGUAGUUGGCAAUGAGUCAUCAUGUUUUGUAGUUAAAUUCACUUUUGUAAAUGAAUGAAUGCUAAAAUAUUUGUUUUUGUAAGUA